GGGUGACCUUGGGUCCGCCCAGCCCCGGGCGCCGCCGGACCGCGCUGCGGGGCGAGGCGCUCCCCAGGGCCGGGGGGGCUCCGGGCCCCCUGCGAGCCGGGGGGUGCUCCCCGCUGCCCCGUGACCCGGGCGGUGCUCCGAGCCCCCCGCCACCCCACCAGCUGGAGAGUGCUUCCAGCCGUCCUGCAAGCUGGGGGGUGCUUCUUGCCACCCCAGCAGCUGGAGGAUGCUCCCAAGCACCCCGCGAGCAGAGGGUGCUCCUGGCUGCCCUGGCACCCAAGCCACUGGGUGCUCCUUGCCACCUCACGAGCUGGAGGAUGCUCCCGGCUUCCCUAUCAACUGGUGGGUGCCCUCCCUCAGCUGCAGCCCCACCAGCCAUAGGGUGCUCCUGGCCACCCUGCCAGCCAUCGGGUGCUCCCAGCCAGCUGUGGGGUCCUCCCUGCCCUCCCUCUCCCUGCGAGGCCCCGUGGCAGGACUGCUGCUCUGCGCAAUGCCGUCAGCCGAGCGUGCCGUGCACAGAGCCAGGCACUGCUGCCGUGGGGACCAGCGCCUGCCCCUUCCCCUUUGCAGCGUGGAAACCCGGAUGCCCAGUGGGGUGUCUGGAUGCUCAAGAGAAGUGAAGCUACUGCUCAGAGAUAAGUUGCAUAGGCAGGAGAGGGGCCUUGUUUCCUCUGUGGUUUGAAGUCAAGUUAGCUAACGGCGUUGGUCAACCUGACCCAUGCUACAGGCAGAGAUUCAGGGGUUAAAUUUGCUAUAUUAUAAAUUGAGGAACAGGACUGGGGAAUAAGUGAUCCUACUAAAUUCCUCAUGGUCCCAAGGCAUGGGAAAAUGAAACGAGGCACUGAAUCACGCCAGAGAGGAACAGUGUCUCAAAGGCGAGGCAGCCAGGAGGUGAGAGCAGCUGCCGCGGGCAGAGCGGCGCUGGAGCGAGGAGCACGACGCUGCGGACUCUGGCUUGCGGGUGAUGGAGAACUUCUCCUCUUCCCCUGCUCCCUUUUCUGCCAGUUCUCCCACCGAGUUGUCUGAGAAUACCACCGUUCACGAUCACUACUCCGGCCUGCAGAAGAGCAUGCAUAUCCUGUCCAUGGUGGUGUACAGCAUCGCCUGUUUACUGGGGGUGACUGGGAACGGCCUCGUCAUCUGGAUUGCAGGCUUCAAGAUGAAGAAGACGGUGAACUCCGUAUGGUUCCUCAACCUGGCCAUCGCCGACUUCAUCUUCACCUUUUUCCUGCCCCUCAGUAUUGCCUACACCGCGCUGGGCUUCCACUGGCCCUUCGGGAAGCUCCUGUGCAAGCUGAACAGCACCAUCGCGUUCCUCAACAUGUUCGCCAGUGUCUUCCUCCUGACGGUCAUCAGCAUGGAUCGCUGCGUUUCUGUGGCCUUUCCCGUGUGGUCUCACAACCACAGGAGCCCGGAGCUAGCGGCCAGGAUUGCGCUGGGGACCUGGGUCCUGGCUCUCCUCCUCAGCUCCCCGUACCUCGUCUUUCGGGACACUGCCGUCAGCUCCAGGAACAUCACCAGCUGCUACAACAAUUUUGCACUGUCUGAUGACUACACGUCCGAGGCAACACGUCGGCUGUGGAGGAUGCGGCUUAAAGCGAUGAUUAUAACACGAUUCUUAUGCGGGUUCCUCAUCCCUUUCACAGUGAUUCUCAUCUGCUACAGCAUCAUCGCUGUCAAGCUGAAAAGGAGGCAGUUAGCCAACUCCGCGAAGCCAUACAGAAUUAUUAUUGCUGUCACAGUCUCCUUUUUCCUCUGUUAUUUUCCCUAUCAUGUCUUUUCCUUGCUGGAAAUAUCCAAAAACUCCUCCAGCCAUGAGAUGAAAAUGGCCCUUUACAUAGGGAUCCCCUUGGUUUCCAGCCUUGCUUUCUUCAACAGCUGCAUCAACCCCAUCCUGUACGUAUUUGUGGGGCCGGAUUUCAAGGACAAGUUUCGCCAGUCCAUCCUGUCAGCCUUUGAAGGGGCCUUCAGCGAGGAGUCCGUCCUGGCCAGCCUGGCCAGCAGGCGCAAGUCCAGGUCUGCUUCGGAAGCGGAGGUCUCGAGGGCUUGAGCGUGUUGAAGCUGCACCACUGGCUUCGUUGGAGAGCAGCAGUUCUCUUCUCUGCAGUUUCCCUUCAUUUCAGAGCUAUAAUUGCUGGACUGGGGUCUGAAAAGGGCUAUGGGUGCUAACGAAGUGUGAUUUGACAUUUUGGAGGUAUCUCAAAUCUUCUAUGACUUCAUAUAUCAAGGAAAUGAAACACCUGGCCAGAGUUGCAGCAGGGUGGGAAAGUCAAGGUAGCAGCAUUUUACUCCUCAUGGCCCUUCUUUUGCUGCCCAUUUCACUGUACCUGUCUUCUCCACCCUUUGUGGUCCAUCAUACCUAUGUGACACCUCCUUUGCAUAACAGACCAGUGUGGCUUUCUUUCUGCCACUUGUGCUCAUUUGUCAGCUGUGUUCAUCAGCACCAAGCAUGGCUCAGAGUAUUUCACGUCCGUUGUGCCCAUUUGCUGUGCAUAAAGCCUGCGGGAGCUUUGCCCUGCCUCGCCAGCUGUCUGUCACCCUGCUUGGGACCCCUGGCAAAAUGUCCCCCUGGCUGGCCGUGCCAAGAGGGCAACCAUCAGCACGGUGGAGGUUGCUGGAUGUCAGACCUGGCCGCUUCCGCACUGCUGAUCUGUUACAGCUUGCAGCUGUUAACAGGUGAUCUUUUAUGUGCACUGAGUUUGUGAAUCCACUGGCCGACCUCUUUAUUUCCCCCCCUCCUGGGACUCCCAAGGAGGGAUGCUCUGCCCGCUGCUGCCCGUGAGAAACGGCCUCUGCCUAGCCGAGCCCAGGCCACCUCCUACGCACCAGAGUGAUGCAGGCGAGCCCAAAUCCUUCUGGCAUCUCCGUGGGGUUCACCUGACUGCAGUGACGCCCACAGUGAGCUGCUGGGAGAGCUUGUUCCCUGCAGUUGCCGAAUUUUCGCAGCAGCCUUUCUCGGCCAAGAUGCAAAAAUUCUGGGGUUCCACCAGGGGGCAAAAUUGGGACCCGCUGCGGCGGCGGCGGCGGCGUGCGGCUGUGCCGGCCUUUCUGCGGCUGUGCCGGCCUUUCUGCUGUCCGGAGGAGAGUGGGAGGAAGGAAGAGCUAUUCCAUAAGUCCCGUGUACAUAAAUCAGUAAAGAAAAUGCAAAGAUCUUUUUCCAUGUGAGGUAUCAUACCUGUCUGGCACACAGGCCACUAAAGCUUAAGGAGAAAAUGAAUAAAAUUAAGAAAAAGCAACUUGAACAUGCAACGGGAUCCAGCCUGCUCAUAGCGCAUAUGGCUAAAUGGGACAAGGCAGCGUCGUGCAGAGAUUCCCCCGUUUCUGAGCGAGUUAGCUCGGCUGCCAGGGAGGGGAUGGCUGCACGGCGCAGCCUCUGCGGACCCCGCAUUCGAGCUGCCAGCCGCGGCAUCCCUGCAGCAGCCGGGAGAUGUCCCCGCUGCGGCCUGCUCAGGGGACAAACAGCCCCGAGCAAAGUCUGCUAGUCGGAGGGGCUUCCGCUAGCUGUGGUGGACGUAUUGGCCAGAAAACUUUGCUCUCAAAAAUGUGUCUUUUAAAUAAUUCAAGUUAAAUUAAAUGGCUGUGUGUAUUUUUGCAGGGUCAGGACUAUCUAGUAAAACAUUCAUCUUUUCUCUCCCCAGACGUGUGGCAGGCUGGAUUAUUGGUUGUGCUCCAGUUACUCGGGUUUGAUGUACAACAUGCCUAUUUCUGAGCAAUGGUUGUCUGUGUCUGUGUUUGACAUAUUUCUGGCCCUUAAGCAGCUGCAAUCUGACACUUGGUACUGCUAGUGAAUGAGUAUUAAACCCCAUUAAACUUAUUUAAAUGUA